GUUUUACACAAUUUCCGGCAGUAGUCCAUAGCAUCCAGGCGUGGUGUCAACUCGCACUUUGGACUCAAGUCAGAAGCAUUCAUUACUUCUUCCUUUAAAGCAUCAUGAAUUCAGCCGAGUUCACAAAAGCAGCGGAGGAUGUUAAGAAGUUGAAGAAUAGUCCAUCAGAUCAGGAUCUAUUAGAGGUCUACAGUCUCUAUAAACAGGCCACGGUCGGCGACGUUAACACAGCUCGUCCAGGAAUGCUAGAUUUAAAAGGCAAAGCUAAAUGGGAUGCCUGGAAUGGCAAAAAAGGAAUGAGUAAAGAAGAUGCCGAGCAAGCCUAUAUAACUAAAGUAGAACAGAUGAAAGGGACAUACGGAUUUUAAUAACAUGACAAUGAAUUAGACAAAAUUGAACAAUCAGCAUUUAAUGAACAACAUCUAUUCCACUGUGUUAGUGAUUAGAGGCAUAUAAUGUGCAUAUUAUGUGUUCUUUUUUAGCAAUUUAAAUUUUAGAUAGGUAUGUUUUUCACUUUUUGAAAUCGUUGACUUCAUAUGAAAUUAGAAUUUAUUUUGAUCAUUGAACCAAUGUUUAAACUCAUUAUACACAUAUGAAUUAUUUGUUGUACUUUUGAAAUUUUUAAAAUAUUGUGUGUGAACUAGUAAACUUGUUUUCAAAUGGUUUAUUUUGUUUGAAGAAAGAACUUGUAUUGUGAUGUUUUGAUAUGGUAUAUAUAAAUGUAUCUUAGUUACAUUUAAUGUUUUCUUUAAUAUGUCUAAUUUACUGCAAAAUUUAAGAGUUUGGUCUUUGGUUCAGUUGUAUUUGGGAACUGCAAAAAAAGUUAGAAAAUAAGAAAGUAUUGUAAUUUGCUUAAUCUUGCUCUACACUAAAUAUAAAUGCUUACAGUUGAUGAAUCGUAACCUUAAAACUGGUGCUUGUAUGGUGAUUUACAUUUAAUUCAGAGACUUGCAAGAAUUUGCAGAUGUCCUUUAUCUUUGUUUGCUCAUAAAAUCAAUCCAUAUUAUUUCUGAAUACCUCUUUUCAUGAUCAUUAUGAAAUGUUCAAAUUUGGUAUGUAAUGGCAUGACAUUAGACAUAGUUCGAUACCAAGUUAAUUUUUUGUUUGUCAUAUGAAUGUUAACAAAGAUUGUAAAUUUUUUUUUUCCUUGUAAGAAUGAAUGCGAAAAGGGAGGUAACUGGGUUUUCUUUAAUUUUUGAGGGAGGCUCAUAAAAACUUUAAGAAAAUGUGCUUUGGUUAAUCUAAGGCCUCUUUCUGGUCAGAUUUGUGGUUGAUUUGUGAUUUAGACAAAUGUUUAUGUAAUUUAUGUCUUCACUUUUUGAUUGACUUUGAUUUUAAUUUUUUUUUAAUUUUGAUUAAAUGACAUGAUUAUAUUUGCUUCAUAGCAUAUUGCAUGUAACUUUUUUGAUCUCUUGGUGAAGGGCAUUUUAUGCAAAUAAAUUAUGUAUGUUGAUUAUAGUUUGAUUAUAUUUUCCACAGUGCAAUUGGUUUUAAAUUUUUCCUAACGAAGAGAGAAUUUAAACUUUCCUGAUAUCAGAUACACCAACUUGAUUAAUAAUUUUAUUUUGUCAUAUUUAAGAGUUGGUUCAAACAUUCAUACUUUUACCAUUUACAUUUUAUCUGGAAAAUUAUGAAUUUUUCUUCAGUAAAUUUUUUUCAAAAGAAUACACUUAUUAAGUUUUUGAUAUCAUUAAAGAAAUUUAGGAACAUUUAAAUAUAUUGUGAUAGAGCUCAUUUAAUCAAAAAAUGGCUGAAUAUAUGUUAGAUACAUGCAGAUACAAAUCAAAGAAAUUUAUCAAUUUUUUUUAGAUUGUACAUGUUUCUGAAUUUCAAAGUGUUUUGUUAUUUAGAUCAUAAGCACUUUUUUGGCAAAUUGUACACAGGGAGUUUUACUAAGUGUGUGUAAACAGAGAACCAAUUUAAAGGAAUAAUUCUAGCAUGAAUAUUUGAUUGUUUACAAUUUGAGAAGUGUGUUUUAUUAAGAUAUGAAAAAUGAAUCAUAUUUUCCAAUUUGUUCUUUGACAAAAUUUGACAUUUUAUAAAUAGUCAGCAUACACUUUCAUUUUCUAUAUAAAUAAACACUUGCCAAGCAUGGAUAA